CCUCGGUCGGUACCCGCGCCACUAUCUCGCCGCAUUCCACUGAGCCAAAGCCGCGGCGCGCCCCGCGCGUGCCUUCAUGCCUUGCCGACCCACGCGCCCUCGCCUCGCCGCUUCACUCAGUCGUUCCUAUGCGCUUAUAGAGAAUAUGCGCGCCGUCAUUGCGCCGUAAAACUACGAUCGAGAGAUCGCGCGUACGGCGUACAGUGAAGUGAAGUGCCUAUGGAUGCGGUUGACUACGGAGUUUAAUAUCAUUGUGAUCUGCCUUUGGAUUUGUUUAUUAAUGGGAGAGCAAUAGACGUCUCGAGAUGCGAUAUGCGCGCUCUGUGUUCGGUUCGAGGGCCGCUGGGCGGGGAGACGCGUGCGCUGGGCGCGGGCGCACGCCUCCUGGCCCUGCGCAUGCCCGGCCAGCCGCAGCCACUUCACUUCGUGGUGGAAGCAAAGGCAAGGGUCAAGGAAUUGAAGACUUUGGCGCACGCGCACUCACAGCUUCUAGGCAUGAUCGAUACCGAACUGUUUGGUUUAGCAGUCAUGCAAAAUGGCGAAUACUUGUUCGUUGAUUUAGAAAGCAAACUUUCAAAAUAUGCGCCAAAGAGCUGGAGAUCUUCACACACGCAUGGCUUAGACGCAAACGGAAAACCCCUGUUGGAACUUCAUCUGGUAAUUCAAUACUAUAUAGAAAGUCCUUUACUAUUACACGAUGACAUUGGGCGCCAUUUAUACUUCCUUCAAUUGCUAGAAAACAUACGCACAAGAGACGCGUUACCCGCCGAAAUACUUUUACUGCUGAUUGGAUUAGCAUUGCAAGCUAAAUAUGGUGAUGAAGAGGCUUAUGAGGAUCAUGAAUAUUUUAAGGUGGAAGAAUUUGUACCCCCCUCACUCACAGGUGAUUGGGUAUCAGCUGCUAUACGAGCUUGUCACCGUGAACAUCGCGGUCUUACAAAAUCAGAUGCAGAAAUUAGAUUUAUUCGUGAGGUUUGCCUACUGCCAGAUACGAUAAACUCCCAUCGAUAUCGACUCAAGCAGUCUAAAACAGAAACAGAGCCAGGAACCAUAUGGCUUCUUGUCACAGCUAAAGGUAUUAAGAUACUACCUGACAACGGUCCUGUAUCAAAUUUCAUAUGGAGUUCUAUAGGCAAACUUAGUUUUGAUCGAAAAAAGUUUGAAAUAAGAACAGAAGAAGGAAAAAUCACACUGUACUCGUCAAGUGAAGAAAAGUGUAAAUACUUAUUUGCUUUGUGUAAAGAGACACAUCAAUUUUCUAUGAAAAUUUCAUCAAAAUUAAAUGAAAUUCUUAAAAAAGAAGAGGAUGAACGAAAACAUUGUUUCAGCUACUCGAAGUCAUUCACGUCUCAAUAUUGUCAAAACAAAAAAGAACAGAGAAUAUCGCUUAUAUCCUCCACAAGCUCUAAUACAACAUCUGGUAUCGUUAGUGACAGAGUACAAUCCGAAGAUGAAUUAGAGAUAAUGAUCGACUCACCCCCAGCUCCGUCCACUGAAAGCUUAGCCUUUGCUCAUUUGUUGGAUUACUCGAAUUCCUAUAUGAUUCGAUAUAUUCCUCAAGAAGUACAAUCAUUAAAUAAAUCAUCUUCAGCCCAGCAACAGAAAUGUAAAAUGCGAAUUAAAAAAAGCAAAGACGAUGAAAACGUUUCUAAAUAUGAAACUGCAUUAGAUGUAGGACAAUGUUCAGUGAAUCAAACAGAUGAGCCGGGUUCUUUACCAGAGCCAAGCAUUGGAGCGGAAAAAUUAACAGACAGCCCGAUUUCAAAUAAAUUAAAAUGUAACGGAUCACAAUGUUCUUCUUCAUGCAGCACUGUAAUACUAAAACGUGGCGGCUUAAGCACUCUUAGUAGAGUAUCAAAUUCUAGCAGUUUAGAACUAGGAUAUAGUCACACUGCACAAAAUUCUAUGCUAAGUGAUAACAGUAAUGUUGGGAUCGAAGGGUUAUAUACUCAAGACACAGCAUCCGCAUUAUAUGAUGGUUUAGGACAACCAGUCACAGCAGCUGCGUCUAGUGAGACGAGUGGUGUUUAUACGAUGGGUAGUUCUGAAUUAACAGCUCGUUCAAAAUUGUAUGCUCAUUCCGAGGAAAGCCGAACAGAAUACAGUGGAUCGCAUUACGCCAGUUAUGAAAUAUCGCAAGAAAACGAUUUAGCUGAUUUCGACAGUGUAUCAUCCAUACUAAAAAAUAAGUCUGAAAGGUCACAACAUUCACCUAAAGGUUUAAGAUUAACAGUUCCUCUAACUAAUACCGACUGUGUUGAUGGCACUCCUCAAUUUUGUGACGUCGAUCAUGACGACAAGGAAAAUAUUUUUCGUGAACGCACCAAUUCUAACGUCAGCGCUAUUUCAUUUCAUGGUGAUGGAAGUGAUCCAACGGAUAACAAACACAAUUUACUUAGUGCAAGUGAAUUAAGCGAUUUAAUAGUAGGUAGAGGUGUGUAUCCUAAAACUCAAUCAGUGAGCGACACCUUCGAUUCUGUAUCAGACUAUGUAAGAUUACCAUUACCCUUUUCCGGUGACAGUUACCUUCAAGGUCAUGAAGACACGGCUCCAUCGGACGAUAACUAUCCGAAUAAUUCGUUCUUCGACCGACCUCCAACUCCACCAACGAGAAUCGAUAGCCGCAAAGGGCUGAAUUUGUCUCUUCCUAAUAUAUUGGAUUUAGACGAUGAGGUACCUGUGAUUCCUAUAUGUCCUGAUAAACCUCCGCCGCCAUACGAAUAUAAGCAUCUCACGCUUCCAUCUCACGCUGCAGUACCGCCUAAGUCACCACCUGCUUAUCCUGGCACAUCAAUAUCCAAUGGUUCUAAACAACCUGAGAAAAAAGAAGAGGUUCCAGCAAGAGUUGUAACAUCCAAGCCAAUGAUUAAUAUAUUAAAAGCAGAGGCAGGAGAAGUCAAUGCUUCCGGCGAACGUACAUUUGCUAGUCCAAUGGUUUUGGAACACCGGUUUCAAAAAUCUAAAAGACAUCAAGCGUCUAGUCGUAGAGCUGGAAGAUCUAAAUUAGCACAAGGACUGAGUAAUAACCUUUCACCGUCGAGAGAAAUAGCACCACAUAUAGAUUCAAACGUACUAGUUGCAAUGAUGAAACUGCCUCCACCACCACCACCACCGCGCCGUCCCCGGCUGCCACCGCCACCGCCCGUGUCGCGUCUGCCGCCGCCGCCGCCUCCGCACAACCCAAUGUUUCAUCAGCAGUUAUAUAGUGACGUUGACUACGUCUACUAUCCACUUCAAGACCCAUCUAUAUCACAGCAAAAUUAUAUAGAUCAUAAAAUAACAGAAUCACGAAUUUCUAACUUGCACAAAACCAGUUUACAGUAUAGAAGUACGCCAUACCUGUCGACUUCUUUGUCUGCAUCGUCUACGUAUGGAUCAAUACAGAAUCUUUCGGACUCCUAUAUUCAAAUGCCCGGCAACCGAACGAGUUGGUACUCGAUGACGAGUAGAACAUCCGUCAGUAGCCAUUCUAUAAAUUUGGAACGAACUCCAAUUUUAUCGUGUGCACCGGAGCCAAGUUUUAUUCGAACAAAAUCGCAUGAAAAUAUACUUAGCAUUAAGGAUCCACCACGAAUAAAAACAAGGCGAAUGCCGCCACCGCCACCGCCGCCUUAUGAACAUAAGAAAAAAAUCCCUUCUCAUCUAAAGGAGUUAAAAGGACCGAAUUGUAGCACAUCUAAUAGUGACAACAGUGUAAUUAAAGUGAAACCUAAUUGUGAUUUAGAUAUAAAAACUCUCAGAGAAAAAAGUAAAAACUUGGAUUUGCCACUUAUUGCUGCAUUGUGUAAUGAUCGAUCAUUGUUAAAACAAACUAAAGCGUUUGGUGCCACAAAAUUAGGUAAACAAACAGGUAGUGACUGUGAAAGUGACAAAAAAAGUGCCAAGCCUGCACAAAUCACCACCGAUAACGUAGAUCUUAAGAAUAAACAAGAAAUAAAUGCGAAGCGUGUAGUAACCGGGCCUCAAAAAAAAAUAUUAAUACGAAAUCCAACAGAUAAGCUUCCAGCAUUGCCCGGUUCUGAAACUCAUACUCCUAGAGCUCUAUCCAAUACGUAUGUUAUGCAUCCGAACGUAGGGAAACUCAAGAAGAGCCAACCUAGCUCAUGACAUCGCUAACAUUAUUUAAAAAUAAGAUUUUCUCGUUGUGAAUCCUUCCAGUGCUAUGAUUAUGCCGUUUUCAUCCACCAUUUUUAUUGUAACAAAAGACUGACAUUAGAUAGUAACAAUCCCACUGAUAUAAUUUAAUGAAUGGUAGAUUUUCCAACUAUUAAGUAUUGGAAAAAAUUAUGUGGACGUAUUACUAUAUACUUAAUUAUAUCAAAUAUUAUGACUUACAAAAGAAUUUUAAUUUUCGAUGCUCUAGGAUUUUGAGUUCAGAAGUAUCUUAGUAAAAAGCUGUAAAUUCUAAAAGUUUUAGGUAAUCUUAAUGUACUGUAAGUAAUUAAUGCGAAUCGAUGUGGGUUACCGCGCUUGAAUUUUUUAAGACGAGCUAAUGUAUAGCGAGAUAUCGAGGUAUAGACACGUGUCUAAAAUAUAUCUACCCUUCCUACGUUUUAACAGAGGGUUUAGUGUUUUGACACUUAUUUUGAUAUUUCUGAUAAUUUUGAUUUGCACUGACCACAAAGACCUAGUUAUUAACAACACAAGUUUAAAAUUUUAGUGGUGUAAGAAACAAUUGUAUCAAUUUCAAUUUUCUUUGAUUCCCUUUCCUUUAAAUACCUAAAAAUGGUAGCCCUCAUCAGGAUAGUUCACACAUGUGUAAAUUGUACAAAAGUAAUUUAUUUAUUGAAAUAAUUCACUCAAUAUCAAUUCACUAUUAAAUAGUGAUACAUUUUUAAACCACAAUAUCAUUUUAAAUACUCAUUUUUUAAUAUUAUUCUGAAGUUAAUGUAUUUGAUAUGUAAGUAUCUAAAGUCAUUACUAAGUCCUAGUUAAUUAUAGAAUUGUAAUAUUUUUCACAACUAUUUAUUUUCGAUUACAAUCAUGUACAUAACAGUAUUUAAGUACAUCUAUUUUUCUAACGUGUACAAAUGUAUUAUAAAAGUAAAUUUCUUACAUGAAUAUUAACGAGCAUUAUUAAUUACAUGCGGGAUUACUUUUUGAUCACUUGUGGUCUAAGGUUGAAAUCUGUAGAGCGCACUUUGACUUAAGUUUCAGUUAAAACGAGACAGAUUUAUGCCAGCGGUAUAUCGCUGGAUCAUUUUAACAGUGUUUUAAGUCUGAAUAAAGUCUAGUGCGCUCUAUAGAUCUCAGCCUAAGAUUCAGUAUUAGAAAUAUAGGUACCUAGGUACUAGGUACCCCAAGAAGUUGAAAAAAAAAAAAGUUUGCCUUCUUUCCCCUAAGUGCAACUAUGGGGUUGCCAGGUACAAACAGAUAAGAAAGCGUUAUUAAUAUACCCUCAUUUGUUAUUUAAUCGAAUUUUGUAUCAAAUGAAAGAUCAUUUUAAUUCCAAUCCAACCAUAUUAGGUUGCUUUCCGAGAGAUGGUCAAGCUUGAUGUCAAGCACGUAGAUCUGUUUGGUUGAUCAAGCAAACGGCACGUCAUUAUCUCGAACACUGUCCGAACGU